GUGGGGCACGUCCAACAACAAGGGCUGCAAUACAAUCACAAGAUGCUGUCGUUCCUAAACCACCAGCUGGAAAAGGCGAAAGGCUUGCAGCGGCCAGCCAGAGCAACUGCACAGGAUUGGCAGGAUUACAAGGAGGCGAUCUUUAAGGGAGAUAGGAUACUGCGCAAGCAUGCGAGUCCCUUGAGUAUCCAAACUUUCUACGGGAUCGACGACGUGCGCAGAUUCGUCAACAGUAUCUGCGGAUUUCUAAAGGCACAAAGUGAAGCAUGGGGUGCGGCAAGUUCAUUAGAGCUUGAAGGUACCGUGCCCCAGGAUAGUGUUGAGGAGGACAGGAAGUACCUGCACAAGAUGCUUUCUUAUAUUCUCAAGGGCGUUGAGAGUGGCAUUGAGCAUGAUCUGCUUCUCCAGUGGAGGCCCAUCAAAUGCACUCACGAUGAGGAGAUGAAAUCCUUGCCGAUCAUUUCCCAAAACUCAAUUGUGGAGAAGAGGCAGAUUGGUGAGGGUGGGUGUGGCGUUGUAUAUGAGGCUGAAUGGAAUUUCGCAAGAGUGGCUGUGAAGAAGCCGCUUGUGGAAGGCAACUUGCCCAUCGAGGAGUUUGCAAAAUUUGUCAAGGAAGUGAUGGUGCAUGGAAGGCUGAACCAUCCCAACGUUGCCCAGGUCCAUGGCACCACGCCAUCUGGCUGGCUUGUCAUGGAAAAGGCAGAUUCAGAUUUGGGAGCCAUGUGCCAUGGAGCGAAGAAAGUUGGCUGGCAAGGAAUGCUCAACCUCCUGAAGGAGGCUGCAAAAGGGUUGUGUUAUCUGCACAGCCUUUCUAUCGUCCAUGCAGACGUUAAGAGUUCAAAUUUUCUCGUAUUUGGGACAGACCCAUGCAACUGCAGGGUGAAAAUCACAGACUUCGGGCUUGCAGUUAAGGCAGUCAAGGGAAGGAGCAAGACAGCAAGGUUGGGAGAAGGGACGCUGGAGUGGAUGGCUCCAGAAGCAUAUGAUGGGCAGCCCACCACUGCCUCGUCUGACGUCUUCGGCUUUGGAGUCGUCAUAUAUGAGGUGAUAACAGGAGCACAUCCAUAUGGAGCAGACAAGCUGGUGCAUGCCGGAGGAAGACGUGCCACAGUGAUGAAGAGGAAAUUGUCCAAUGAAGAGCCAUGCAUUGUACAACUUGAAGACUGCCCUGAAGCCAUGCAUCAGUUCAUGAAACGGUGCUGUUCAAUCGAUCCUGCAGAGCGGCCAGCUAUGAGGGAAGUCACGGAAUUUUUGCAGGGGCUAACAGCCAAUUGGAAUCCUUCUCAUCAACCUCCCAAUAAGGGACCCAGGGGCUGCCACCCUAAGCUCCCUUCAACCCCAAUCCAUGGACCGUCGAUCGACAUGCCAAUGGCAUCUGAUGGAGAGGCUGGGCCGCUGGCCCCCGACGCUGUGCUGGAGACAGUUAGGCAGUGCAAGGAUGAACUGGACAGGAUUCAAAUCGACCAUACUGAUGAGGUGGCUGAGGGUAUCAAGAAUAUUGCAAUGGGAGGUGCCAGAAACAUGGAGAAUGUGAUACCAGAUGUGGAAAAGGUCAAGAGUCGUCAGGACAGCAUGGAUCAAAGGAUGGCUGGCGACAUCAAAGACAUCGCAGUUGAAG